AUGUCGACCUCAUACCAAUUUGACAUUUUUGCCAACGAAUUCAAAGGGAAGCGCGUUCUCGUUACGGGAGGGACGAGAGGGAUUGGACUUGCUAUUACUCGCCGUUUUCUGUUGAGUGGCGCGACUGUAGCAGUGACUGCUCGUUCUCCCAAAGCUGAAAACUUGGAAACCGCUCUGUUUAUCCAGGCCGACAUCGCAACAGCGGCAGGCGUGCAAUUGGUAGUUGACCAUCUCCAAACGACAUGGGGCGGGCUUGAUAUCCUCAUCAAUAACGUUGGUGCCAGUGAUGCACCACCUGGAGGAUUCGAGACACUUAGUGAUGAAUUCUGGCAAGAUGUCAUGAAUGUGAACCUGAUGGCACCAGUCCGGCUAGAUCGGGCUUUUGUUCCCGGCAUGAUCAAACAGAACCACGGCGUUGUUAUUCAUAUCGGCUCAAUUGCACAUCUCCUACCCCAGCCCCAGUCAACGCUUCCUUAUUCGGCAGCCAAAGCGGCAUUAAGAAAUUACAGCAAAGGUCUGUCCAAAUCUGUUGCGUCAAACAAAAUCCGAGUCAAUAUGGUUUCUCCCGGGUUUAUUGAGACAUCAGGAGCAAAAAAAAUGAUCGCCGACUUCCAACACAACAGUGGCAUGCCAGAAGAAGUGGCACGCAAACAAGUCAUGGACAUGAUUGGAGGAAUACCACUCGGCAGAACAGGCAAGCCCGAAGAAGUUGCCGAGCUGGUAGCCUUUCUGGCAUCAGAUCGAGGCGCCUUCAUUAUUGGCUCGGACUAUAUUAUUGACGGCGGCACAGUGCCUACUAUUUGA